GGCGCGCCCGGAGCCGAGCCCUCCGUGAGGGGGGCGGGUGGGGAGUCCCCGGGGUGGGGGUGCAACGCGGCCCGGCCGCACCGGGAGCUCCCGGUGGGCUCCCGGUAACCCCCGGUAACCCUCCGGUAAAGCCCUGUAAAGCCCGGUAAAGCCCCGUCCGCAGCCGGCCAUGGCGGGACGGGGCCCCGUGCACAGCCUGAGCAGCCUGCAGAAAACCGCCCUGCUGCUGGGCGUCCCGGCCGCCGCCACCGUGCUCUACAUCCUGUACCGGCGCUACCGGGAGAGCCGAGAGGCGCAGGUGACACUGGUGGCAGACGAGGGGCUGGAGGUGACGCUCAGGGUGCCCCGCACGGCCCUGAAAGCGCUGAUCGGCCGCCGGGGGGCCACCAUCAACCAGCUGAGGCAGGAGACGGGAGCGCAGAUCGAGGUGGAGGAGGAGGAGGAGGAGGAGGAAGGGCAGUCGCUGGUGCAGAUCUCGGGCUCGCCGGGCCAGGUGUGCCGGGCCAGGGCGGCCGUGCUGCGCAUCGUGGCCGACAGCGCCCCCGUGGCCGAGCAGCUGCGCGUGCCCCAGCGGGGCCGUGGGCAGGAUCAUCGGUACGGGCCGCUGGGACACCCCAAAUCCCACGGGAACCCCAAAUCCCAUGGUACCGAGCAGCUCCAUGUGCCCCAGCGGGCCGUGGGCAGGAUCAUCGGCCGCGGUGGGGAGACCGUGCGGGCCAUCUGCCGCAGCUCCGGGGCUCGCGUGGAGUGCGGCGCCCACGACCCCGACGGCAGCCUGGCCCCGCUGCGCAUCAUCCGCCUGCUGGGCACCCGCGCCGAGGUGGAGGCGGCCAAGAAGCUGAUCAUGGAGAAGCUGUCGGAGGACAAGGCGUUCCGCCGGGAGCUGGCGCAGGCGGCGGCGGCGCGGUGCCCGCGGAAGCAGCCCCUGGGCAGCCGCCGGGAGCCGCCGGUGCCGCCCGCCAGCGGCGGUGCCCCCGGGAGCGGCGGCGGGGGAUGGCAGGAGUGCUGGGAUGCGGAGUGGGCACCGGCGGGCGGCACCGGAGCGGCGGCGGGGAGCGACGGGGUGGAGCAGGAGGCGGAGAUGGGGAGCGAGGAGCGCCGGGACGCGGGAAUGGUGGAGCCCCGGGAGCUCCGGGAUAGCGGGGAGGAGCCGCCCGUGGCCAAGUUCGAGGUGCCCAGCCCAGAUUUCAGUUUCCCUGCUGACGAGCACCUGGACGUUUACGUGUCGGCGGCCGAGAGCCCCGGGCACUUCUGGAUCCAACUGCUGGGCACGCGGAGCCUGCAGCUGGACAAACUGACGGCGGAGAUGGGGCUCUUCUACCAGAGCAGCCCCCCCGUGCCACCCCCGUCCGUGCAGCCCGGUGCCAUCGUGGCGGCGCCGUACCUGGACGACGGCGAGUGGUACCGGGCGCGGGUGUUGGGGACACUGGACAACGGCCACCUGGACCUGUACUACGUGGACUUUGGGGACAACGGGCAGGCCCCCCCCGAGGCCCUGCGCGCCCUCAGGAGCGACUUCCUGAGCCUGCCCUUCCAGGCCAUCGAGUGCAGCCUGGCCGGGAUUGUCCCCAGCGGUGGCUCGUGGCCCGAGGCCGCCCUGCAGGAGUUCGAUCGCCUCACGGGCUGUGCCCAGUGGGCCCCGCUGGUGGCUCGGAUCUGCAGCUACGGCCCCGCGGGGCCCUGCCUGCGCCUCUACAGCCGCUGCCAGGGACAGAGCCUGGACGUGGGAGCGGAGCUGGUGCGUUUGGGCUACGCCGUGCCCGGGCCGCCCGAGGAGCCCCCGGACAAUCUCGGCUGCGCCCCCACCCCGAGCCCGGUGGAGCCCGGGGACAGCCCCCGGCACCGCGUCCUGCCUCAGCGUGCCCGCCGCCGCCGCCGCCGCCGUGCCCGGGGACGCCGUCACGGUGACCUGAAGCUGCCCGGUGCCACCGGGAGCCGCUCCCGGUGCCGCCGUCCCGGUAACCGGAGCCGCUCCCGGUGCCACCACCGAGUGCGGUGCCCUCUCCGGAGCCCUCCGGGAGGCCGCACCGACAAAUCGCGGGGAUCUCCGCUUGUGCCUCUUGUCGGGACGCGACACACCGGGGCCGAGGGCCGGCGGUGCCCCUUCCGUUACCGGGAGUUCCCGGUUCUCUGGCAUUGUUUUGCUGUUCCGUUGCACUAAUUGUGGUUCUGAGUUAAUAAAGUUGAAGGUUUCUCA